CACACACACGUAAUAUUCAUAUAUAUAGAGAGAUAUAUAUAUAGACUUAUAUUAGAGAGAGAGAUAUCCAAUAGGCUAUUAUGGUAUUUGAUUACGCCGUAACAUGCACAUACAGCGUUCUCUCAAAAACGUUUGGGGAUUUUGUCAUAUUUUGUCAUAUUGGUUAAGGUAUAUGCUACCCGUUGUAUGACGAAUGUAAUUUAUGAAACUGAUAUCUGUCUCUCUCUCUGUCUGUCUCAGACAACGAUAAAUUAAUUAAUGAUGCGUUAUUGUUUAUCUACGUCAUUACAUGUCACAUCAUGGGAGUUAGAGGACUGACCAGUUUUGUGGAUGACAAUCGACACAUUUUACAAGAUGUUUCCUUCAAGAACAGCAAACUGGUAAUCGAUGGCAAUAAUCUGUACUACUUACUUUAUUUUGAUGAACAACUGGACCAGAGUCACGGGGGAGACUAUGAAUCUUUCGAGGGUCUCGUCUGUGGGUUUAUCAAGGCUCUGAGAGAAAAUGGGAUUGAACCCUAUGUUGUUGUGGAUGGUGGGUCUGACUAUACAGACAAGAAGUUUGAGACUCUGUAACAACGAGCUAAAGAAAAGAUUCGCAAAGCUCACGACGUGUCAGUGGGUCACAAAGGUAAUGUCUUGCCACCCAUCACUAAACGUGUGUUCUCACAGAUCCUCACCGAAUUGCGAGUACCUUUUGCAAAGAGCAUCGCUGAAGCAGACAGAGAAAUAGCCUCACUGGCAAGGGAGUGGAGAUGCCCUGUGCUGUCCAAUGACAGUGACUUUUACAUAUUCGACGUCCCUGCAGGACUUUUACCCAUCCCACAUUUCAAGUGGAAGCAAGGGGGAUUGAAGAAGGGUAUUCCUGCCAAACUCUUCACUCAAGAAAUAUUCUGCUCUUGGUUUAACAUCAACCGGUCUCUACUACCAGUCUUUGCCUCCAUUGCAGGAAACGAUUAUUUCGAUCUCGCCAGGCGGGGCUUGUCCGUAAAAUGGUCUGACUUCUCGAAGCUGAGUGGGAGAUUUGCCAAUCUCGACGGCUUGCUCAACUGGUAAGGCAGUUUUAAAAAUCAGAAGAAUGCCUUGAACGCUGUGCUCAAGUUAAUGGAUGACGGUGAUAGGGUGAAAACUAAACAAACAGAACAAGCCUUCAUGUUGAGCAUGGAAGAGUACAAACUAUCUCCUAGCUCAUUGGGUGAGUUCUUCAGGAACGGGACCCUACCUUCCAAUAUUCCAGAGCCUGUGAAGGUGUUGCCAGACUGGGCCCUCCUAUCCCUGACGCAGGGGAAGCUCUUCUCGGACAUCAUUGACGUUAUACUCUUUAGAAGAGCGAUGCAGAAUUCCCAGGUAGAGGACAUUAACUUACCCAGCGGACAAAUCACCUCAAGGCCCAUACGGCAGAUAUUGUAUGGGCUGCUACUGGGUGAGAGAUCCCCUGCAGCGAUGGAGUCGGGACAGUGUAUGGUUGAGGAGUAUGACAGUGAUGGCCUGAAUCUGACUAGUCACAUGAUCAAGCCUAUCCUCAGUGGGCCUGUACAAAAGCUGCAGCUGGACAGUCUGGAUAAGGCCCACCUCCCAGAUCGUCUGACGGUGAUGUUAGAGACCCUGGGAGUGACUCAGUCGCUGACUGGCAUCCCGCCUCACCUGCGUCUGCCUGUAAGCGUCACCUGCUAUUGGGUGACACACGCAGCCCCUCCCCCUGACCUGCCUCUCCUGCAGGCCCUGCUCCUGGGCAUGGUCUAUGGAGAACUCUGCAGACAGAAGAAGAAGAGAGGAGGGAUCUCGAACAGUGAGAGUCUGGUGCUGCAGAGGUUUGAAGGAAUAGUCCAGAAAUGUACAUGGAAGCUGGACCUGGAUGUGGCCCAUGCCUACAGCCAAUGGCAGGCCUGCUUUAAAGAAAGCCAAAAUUUGAACCAGCUGCUAUGCUUCCCCCCUAGUGGAGACAGAAUGUGCAAGGCUGUACAAGGGCACUCUUGUGCACCCCCUAGUGGUUGAACUGAGAAGAGGGGCGAGCCCGGAGUUUAUCCUGGCUGGAGGCCCCAUCGCUGGGCCGCUGUACAAGGCCCUCCUGGACACUGUGCUCCUCUCCCAGGACCGCAGAUCCAUCAUCUCCACGACAACCAGAGGUGCAGCUCGGGGCAGGACAUUACCACGGCAACCAAUGGAUGACGUCACAGCCGAUCUGCAGAGGCUGGCAAUCCCAGAAUAGUCAAAGCACCGGGACAAGAAAGGCUGGAUCUGAGAUUACCUAUAUAUUCUAAGUCUUCAAAAUAUAGAAAUCAAUUGCCUUAGGAAUGUAACUAAAUGUAUUGAUAGGAAAGAAAUGUAUUGAUAGGGAAGAAAUAAUGGCCUUCCAAGUGUUUUUGUAAAUCUACUACAUUUUUAAUGUUUAUUUGUGUUUUUAUGCUAUUUGAAAUGUAAUGAACAUGUUUUCACAUUUAAUGUAUUGAUUUAAAUUGUGCAAAAAACUAAACUGUUUGAUAAGUUACCCAAAUUCUAUUGGACCAAUAUCUUUGAAACAAACAGCCCUGUGUGCAUAACCACAAGAUUUGUACUUUUUGAGAACAAGAAUAGAUCUGAAAUCAAGAACAGGUUGUGAAAUGAGAGAAGAAUCAGACAGCCAGAGAUUUAAAAGAUAAAAAAAACGUUUUAACAUAUCACUAUCAUUAUAAAAAGUUAGCAUCCCAACGCAGUUUGCUUAUCCUUCCAAUUAAUAGGUAUAGCGGGGACAGCUAUUAUUCAGCUCUCCCUUCCUCUGAUGCCAACCUCCUGCCCUCCCCAUUCAGGACCAAGCACCGAACCUGGGGUGACAGAGCUUUCUCCAUUGCCGCUCCCUCCCUCUGGAACUCACUCAAUCACCCAUCAGAGGCUGCAACAAUCUGUCAACUUUUAAAUCAUGAGUCAAAACGCACCUUUUUAGAUCUGCUUUUAAUGUGUAAUUAAUGCUGUGAUUUUAUAUGUCCUUGUUUUAUGUUUAUUUUAACCAUAUACAGCGACUUUGAGAACUUUGGAAAGCGCUAUAUAAAUACAUGUAUUAUUAUUAUAAUUGUACAAUUAAACAGAAAAACUUUAAUUUUA